AUGGACUUCAUCGGACAAAUUUACCCAGCUUCUAGCAAAGGGCACACUUUCAUAAUUGUGGCAACAUAUUACUUUACCAAGUGUGUAGAAGCUUCAGCUGUGAAGACUAUCACUUCAACUAUUGUUAUGAAGUUCAUUGAAACCAAGAUCUUACAUAGAUAUGGGGUGCUCGAGACAAUUGUUACAUACCACAAGCCAUCUUUUAUUUCAAAAGAAGUAGAAGAAUUUGCAAGCAAGUUCAAGAUAAAGAUAAUCCGAUCUAGUCCUUAUUACCCCCAAUCAAAUGGUCAAGCAGAAGCCGGCAACAAGGUCUUGGAGAAGAAAGUGGAAAGCACUGAGAAAUUAAAUAGAAGAAGUGGAGAGACAGCGUGA